CAAUUUCUUAACUCGAGGCCAGCAAAAAUAAUUGAAAUCAAGAGAGAAAAUAACAAAAAAAGAGAAAGAACAAGAACAAGAUCAUCAGCUGAUCAGUUAACAGUUAUGAGAGAGAAAGACCACUCACCAAGAAAGAUGCUUCCUAGCCCAAAACAGGGCUGUGUUUACCCUGCCUUAGGAUUAAUACCCACAUCGUAUAUAUCACAUGUACCUUAUGAUCUGUCCGCCUCGACGACGGCGGCCACAGCCACCAGCAGCAUGACGCGACAUCAGCAACAACAACAACAACAGCAGCAGCAACAACAACAACAACAACAAUUGCAACAACAACUGCAGCAGCAAUCGCAGCCUGGAAACAAGUCGAAGCGACGCAGCAGCUAUGAUCAGCCGCUGGACCUGCGGCUGGCGCACAAGCGCCGGCAGGCCGGCAAGCUGGAGGAGCUGGAGGAGGAGACGCCAACAACGCCGCUGGAGGAUGAGAACAGCAACUUGAUCCUGUUCGCCAAUGAGCUGGCCGCCCAGCGCAAGGAGAAGGAGCUGAACAAUAAUCAUAUCGCCGCCUCGCUGGCGGAUCUCGGCUUCGAUAUGAGCCGCAAGAUGUUGCGCGCCCUGCGCGAGGGCGUGGCCAGCACGCCGGCGGCGCCCAUGGUGGCCGGGGGCGUGCCGUCGACGCUGCUGGAGGCGAUGACCAAGACGCUGCCGCUGCAAUAUCGCAAUGUGUUUGCGCCGCCGCCGCCGUCGACGACAGGAACGGGCGCGGGCGGAGGCGGGGGCGGGGGCACGCCGUCGGAGUUUGCCUUUCGCCAUCCGCUCAAGCAGAGCGAGCUGAGCUGGGCGAGUAGCAACGAGCGGGAGCGGGAACGGGAGCGGGAGCAGCUGAAGCUGGAGCUGGCUGGCAGCACAGUCCAGCCCCAGCCCACGGCCACGCCCACGCCGCAUCCGCAGCUGCAGGAGUUCCAGUCGCGGCAGCACUCGCGCAAGGCCAAGCAGCGGCUGGCCCAGAACCAAACCCAACCCCAGAACCAAUCCCAAUCGCAGUCGCUGCCCGUGCAGCAGCAGCAGCAGCAGCAGCGGAACAAGGAUCGCUACACGUGCAAGUUCUGCGGCAAGGUGUUUCCGCGCUCGGCCAAUCUCACGCGGCAUCUGCGCACGCACACGGGGGAGCAGCCGUACAAGUGCAAAUACUGUGAACGUUCCUUUAGCAUCUCGUCGAAUCUGCAGCGGCACGUCCGGAACAUACACAACAAGGAGCGGCCGUUCAAGUGCGAGAUAUGCGAGCGCUGCUUUGGCCAGCAGACGAACCUGGACAGGCAUCUCAAGAAGCACGAAUCGGACGCGGUGUCGCUGAGCGCGCUGAGCGGUGUCAGCGAGCGGAUGCACUGCAUCCGGCGCUUCUGCGAGAAUCCCAGCGAGGAGUCCUACUUCGAGGAGAUACGCACUUUCAUGGGCAAGGUCACGCAGCAGCAGCAGCAGCAGCAACAGCAGCAGCAGCAGCUGCAGCAGCAGCCACAGUCACUGCCAUUGGCAACGUCGCGCAGCUCCGCCUCGUCCAGCUGCUCCGCCUCGCACACGCCCACAUCCUCGCAUACGCCCACGCAAUCGGAGUCGGCGGAAACGCUGGCGCAGGAGCUGCGCCGGCUGCAGGCGGAGCGCGCCAAAAGGGACGAAGACAGCGGCGACGAGGCGCAGCCCGAGCGAGCGGAGCAGCCGGAACAGCAGCAGCAGGAGCAGCAGCGGCUGGAGACGGCGGCGGAGGCGGAGCAGUCCAAGUGCAUAAUGCAGCUCAAGAAAACGCUCGCCUCCAAACUAUUUCCCACAACAACAACAGCAGCAGGGGCAACCACAGGGGCAGCAGACACGCCCAAGGUCAAGCAGGAGCCCUGAAGCUGGGCCUGAUCCGAUUCCGAUCCCAAUCCUGAAACCAGAUGAAAGAGAAAAUGAAAAACAAUUUCCUAUAUGGUAGAAUCGAGCAGCAAAACGAAACACAAAACACACAAACUAUUUGCAAAUCGUAUAUACUAUAUACAUUUAUAAUUCAUGUUUAGCUGUAAAUAUAUAUAUACAUACACACAUAUAUAUACAUAUAUUUUAUAUUUUGUAUUUUCUAAUUUUAAUGUGUAUAUCGAAUUGUACAAAAACAGAAGAUUGGCAAAUGUACUAUAUCAAUUUAUGUGCGUAGUUAUUUAAGCAUUGGUAAUUUUUUUGUAUAUAUACAAAGCGACACGAGACACACGAGACAAAACAAGCGACCACUGUUUAAUAAAAAGUU